AUGAAUGAGAUAUUCCGAAGCUAUUUAAGGAAAUUCGUCCUCGUCUUCUUUGACGACAUAUUAGUUUAUAGUAAGACAGAGAAGGAACACGCGGUGCAUCUCAGACUGGUGCUAGAGAAACUAAAGGCACAGAAGUUAUAUGCCAACCAAAAAAAGUGCGAAUUUGGGAGCUCUCGAAUAGAGUACUUGGGGCAUGUAAUCAGUAAGGAAGGAGUAGUAGCUGAUGAGGGGAAGAUUCAAGCCAUGACAAAUUGGACGACGCCAAGAACCGUGAAGGAGUUGCGCAGGUUCUUGGGUUUAACCGGGUACUAUCGGAAGUUUGUACAAAGCUAUGGAGAGAUUGCAAGACCUUUAACAUCAUUUCUCCGCAAGGACCAGUUCAGAUGGUCUGAAGGAGCGACGGGUGCUUUCCAACAGCUGAAGAGAGCCAUGACAACGGUACCGGUGCUUGCCUUGCCUGAUUUCAAGGAGCAGUUUGUAGUGGAAUCAGAUGCAUCGGGAGUGGGAUUGGGAGCGGUCUUGAUGCAGAAGCAGCGACCCAUCACGUACUUCAGUCAAGCACUGACAGAGAAGCAACAGCUGAAGUCAGUAUAUGAGAGGGAGUUAAUGGCUAUAGUCUUUGCCAUACAGAAGUGGGCGACAUUACUUACUCGGAAGAAAGUUUCUAGUAAGAACGGACCAGAAGAGUCUCAAGUUUUUAUUGGAGCAACGUGA